AGCAGAUUAAACAGUUUAAGGAUUAUUCAUCCUGCUCAACAGCCUACUGAGAGUUAGCCGAGAUGACCUCCUAAGGUUUCCUAACCAGCAAAAGAUGCAUUGCCUGAGCCAAACCCCCGGGUCUCUUCUGGUCAACUCUUACAGCGACGUGAAAGAAGUUGACGAGAGUAAAAGGGAAUCAUAUGAAGCGAACUGGUUAGACCUGGUGAUGGAGACAAGACCAGAGUUCAAAGAUACACUCAGUGAGAGAGACUCAGCACGAAAGGAGUCUUAUGAACGGAAGCGUGUGCGUCAUUUUGUAGUUCGCCGGUUCCUUAAUCAGACCUAUCGUGUCGGUGAAGAUGGAACAAAGCUGCGUGAGUAUCAUCUACCGUAUGAAAAAAGCGUGCUACCCAUACAGAUCUUCGUGCCCAGGAACCUCAGCACUCCAUCAGACACCAGAGAGCUUUCGCCUGGAGACACAGAGAAGACCUGGAGUCAGAAGAAAGUUCUAUGGCCCGGUGGGGAAGAUGCGAUACAACCUGAGAGUGGAGAGUUUCGAUUCCGCACACUUGUUUCACCAGCGAGAGACUUGGCACGUGACUUUCAGCGGACUUGAAGAACAACAGUUACAGCUACCUAUAGUGCAACACACUGAGUGUUCAAUCUUUUAGUAUUACUACUUAUUAUAUUACAGCACGAUUGGAGUCUUGAAUCUGAUUAGAUUAGAUCAGAAGUUGUUGAUUAAUUUGCUAGAACAGCAGGUCUGACAAUAGUUUCGACUGAAAGACAAAUUAAAUGUAUAUAUUAAUGCGCUUGUUCUAAUACGUUAUCAUUUCUGUAGUAUUAUUUAUACAAGGACUUGCAUAGCGGAUGCUCAUAAUAGUCAGUCUUAUUAUCAAACAUUUAAAAAUGGUGCUGGAAUUUGACAAAGAAGGACUGAAUCAUUUCUAAUUGACAUAGAAAAGUUCCCAGAAUAGAAAACUGAGUGUUUUAGGAGAGAGAGAGAGAGAGAGUGAAAUGAAAAAGAGACUGGUGAGGGAAUGAUGAUUUAUAGCUGGAAUAAUGUAAGUGAAAACAGGAAGUUGAUUUGUGAACGUUCUGUGACAUGUACAAAUGUCACAUAAUACAGCAUGCUGAUGUGUUAUCAAUUAAAAACUUCAAUUUUUUUUUCCAGAUUCCUGUGGUAUAAAAAAAAUAAAAGCGUUCAGGAUGAACCGUUCGAUUACAUCGCUUUGUCAUAAAAAAAAUAUACAGUAUGUAUAAUCUAAAUACACAAGUCAUCGAUUCUUCCUAUAUGUAUUAUGGAUGUGCAUCUCCAUAACUGAAGCUGAUUUGAUUUGUAUCUUGAUUCGAGCCAAUGAUACGCAACGAUUCGAUACGGUUCACCCCUAUUACAAUGCAGUGCAAUCUGAUUUCGACUUGAUUCCACACGAUGCAAUAUGUUGCAAUGGAAAAAAAUAUGAUGCUAUACAAGUCAGUAUGGUACAGAUAGUUCGCUUUUAUGUCUUCGGUUCAGACAAACAGCCAAUCAUACCUUUACUUAAGUGUCUUCUGACUAAUUCAUGGCCCUUUCACAAACAUGACUAUG